AAUCCACGAUUAACGGCCUCCAGUUGAGCGCGACGAUCCAAGCUGAUCGAUAAAACUGUUAAAAAUUACCAACUCAUAACAAACAGUUAGAUAACGUGAUCAUUUCAAGAGGAAUCAACUCGUGCUCCGGAAUGUCUUUUUUUCUUUAGUUCCAUUUCCUUUUUAUUGAAAUAUUUUAUUAAUAACUACAUCUUGAACUAUAAUUUAUAAUUUAAAAAAAAAAAAAAGAUUACAACUGCAGAGUUCGAAAUAUGUCUAAAAAACAGUGGAUGGCUCUUCUCAUGCUUUUUUUGGCCUAUCUUCUCCUUGGAGCUUCGAUUUUUUAUUACAUCGAACAUGCUAUUGAAAUUGAACAAGUUCGAAAAAUUCGUGACAAACGUAUUGAGAUUAACGCUCUCCUUUACAAACAUUGCACAAUGAGAAUGGAUCGGACAGAGAUUCUACAAAAGUUGACUAACUACUGUGGAAAAUCUGUUUACAAUUACACAGAAAAUGAGACUGAUCCGUUGAAAUGGGACUUUUAUAAUAGCUUUUAUUUUGCUUACACAGUUGUAAGUACGAUUGGUUACGGCAACUUGGUCCCAACUACUAUGUCCAGCAAAAUUCUAAUGAUUUUGUAUGCUCUUCUGGGAAUUCCGAUGAAUGGAAUCCUGCUUUCCCAGCUGGGUGAUUUUUUCAGCGUCAUUUUUAUUCGAGCACAUGAAAAAUACAAAUCCUACAAAGAAAAUCACCGUGAUGAAUUUACAAAGAAAUUAGCACCAUUAGAAACUCGAAAAGCUGGUUUAGCUGCAAGAGUUCUGAUGUACUUGGCCCCAGGAUUUGUUAUGUUUAUUUUUUUUCCAGCUUCAGUUAUUUCCUAUUACGAAGAAACAACUUAUAACGAAGCGGUGUACUACGCUUUUGUAACAUUGACAACUAUUGGAUUCGGUGAUAUCGUUGCAGGUCAAGACAAUACGAGAAGCCGUUGUCAGGGUCCUUUUUAUAUCUUUUACAAAGCUUUUCUAAUUGUAUGGAUUGUCUUUGGUCUGGGUUACAUGGUUAUGAUCAUAACUUUCAUAACACGUGGGAUGAGAAGUAAACAAAUUACACGUCUUGAACAUAAGCUAGCAAUGAAUUUAAAGCAGACACAAACCAAGAUAUGGGGGGAAUUCAACAAAGAAGUCAGCUAUUUGAGACGCGUCUUCAACGAAUUACAACUAUCUCGAGUGAAGAGAGUUUAUGUCAAUAAAUUUGAUUAUAAAGCUCCACUUUGCAAAUCUUCAAGAAGCAAGAGCUUUCCUGACCUCAGGGAACUUAUUUACGGUGGUUUGACUCUACUUGUACCCUCUCAUCCCCGACGUCGGGCUAAUAGUGAGGUUGUUCCAACUAUUAAUCCUGUCAGAGCUCGAGUAGUGUCUGAGACCGAUCUUCAAAGAAUUGACAAGGCAGCAACGUUCGCUACUCAUGCAAUAGUUCAACCCGCUGAACUCUUGGCACGGUUAGUCAACAUCUUGGGCUAUAUUCCACCAUCUUCCAUCGAUGAUGAACCGCCAUUAGAUAACUCCUUACCAGGACUGCAAGGAUUCAGCAAUAAAGAAAUUUUAUCAAACGAGUUUAACAACAACUGGAAAGUUGGUUCUGAUCAACUGUCUUUCAGGAAGCCAAGGUCUCGAGCCACAAGUGAAGUUCAUUUAAAACCAAAAUAUGAUCGUGGUACAUGUGAAAAUCAUGAGUGGACAUGGUCUGGACCAGCUGCUUCCAGAAAAAUUGAUGAAAUCAUCAGACGUCGACAAAAUGGCAACAAAGAGUCCAAGGAUUCAAAGUCUUUAUUCCCAGCAUUCAAUAUACCGAAAUCUGUUUCAUUAUCGAAAUGGAUUAAGCACCUGUCAUCUAAUAAAAAAGAAAGCCGAACGCGAAAUUCAGUUUCUGUUGGUGAUUUGGAACAUGGUGAUGAAAACUAUCUAUCGACUAUAAAUAAUGUUAAUGAAAGAUCAACAUAUUUUACUCAUACGGGAGCUAACCUUUCAUGUUCGUUAGAAAAUAGUAAUUUACUUGAAGAAACUUCAGUAGCUGAUUUUUUGAGAGCUAUGACUGCUCUUCAUACUCAAGUUGGUGUAGUGCCUAGUGAUUACGUAAAAAAACCCCAAAGAAAAAUGGGUACAGCAUCUUUGACUCCUCCGAAACUUCCAAGCUUGUUGUCACUUUUUUCACCUCCUACCGAUUUUUCAACUUCUAUUGAUGAUAAACAUGUUGAUAAAUCUUUUAAUUAUGAACGUAAAUUUAGUUCAAAAAUUGUAGAGGAACCUAGGAAUUUGACGACAUGUGGUCGCUUAAACAGUAUCAUACACACUAAUAAAAUGAAAAAUCGAAGAUUUUCUUUAAGACCUGUAGAAACAACUUCAGAAAGGAUACCACAAGUUCUACCGUAUCUAUCUGACUAUCGAUAUGACGGGAAGAAUCCUACUUCAACUUUUAUCACUGGUUUCUCAUUUGAAAGUUCAAAAAAACCCUUAGUCAAUGAAGAAAGUAUUCCAGGUAUAUCUUCACCAAUUGUGACUUCAAGCGGACCAAGGUUUUCUCUUCGACCAGAGCAAUUCGUUGGACAAGCACCCUCAAAUAUUAUUGGAUCAAAAGGCAUUCAAAAAUGGCGAGCUGGAAUGUUAAGAAAACAGAUUUCCCAAAAUAAUCUUCAAAAAAGAGUUAGAGCAUCCAGUCUAAGCGACAUUAGUAUUGAAGGUUUGCAAUCAUCAGAAAGAAAUCUAGGAAUCAGUCCACUUGCGACAAACGAUCAUGUUAGAACCUUCGAGAUAUCAAAAGAUAACAAAAGUUUAAAAACUGUCACAAUUGUUUCACCAAAAAACUUAACGUCUGACUUGAGUAUUAAUAUUGAGAGCCAAAAAAAUUAUAUUUCUGAUGGUGCAGAAAAUAUCAUCAGUACACCGAAUGAUUUUGGACUUUUAAAAGAAAGAAAAAGUAUUACAGAUAUGCCGAAGUUGAGAAAAGAAUUUCAAUCAGAUACAAGAAGUAGUGAAUCUCAUUCGGAAAUGAAUACAUAUAAAUAAA